GUAGUAAAUUCCAACUCAUUCCACCUGGGCAGCUUUUUAUUUUUAUUUUUAUUUUUUUCUAUUUGCCUUCUAGACGAACUCUUUUUCUCCAUUCUCCAUUCUCCACUCUCCACUUUGCCCUUUCGCCUUAAUAUGUUUGCAUUGAAUGUCUUGCAUAUUAUUUCCUUCACGUACAUAAUACAUGCAUAAUACCUAUAACAUGCCUGAUGAACCGUAAGCCUGUGGGGUGCAUCGACACCCAUUUUCGUCUAAAAAGCAAAAGAUAGGUUGAAUAAAAAAGUGAUGAUGACGGGCUUUCCUCAAUACAGACGUGGGCUGCGUGGGAUGCCAUGCCAUGCCUAGAAGCGGUUGAAUCAAGAAAAAAGUCGCCAUCAGAUUAGGAACGACGGACGAAAAGAGGCCUUUUUGGAUUCCUACUAUACAGUCUACUACUACUAUUGCUGCUAGUAACCCCUACUCAGCCUUGCAUCCGCCUAUGGCAACCUCGCUUCUCAAUAAGAACCCGGCAAAUUUGGACCUCUCAGAGAUCGACAUGUGGACGAUUUCUUUGCUACGCAAGCAAAAUGAGUUUCUUUUUCUUUUUUCUCUCUUUUUUGGCUGAUGCGUGUCUGACGAACGUGACCCUGACAGCUCAAUCCUUCUCUCCUACGGAUUCUUUAAUGAUAGGCACCAACCCACGGGGACGUUCGUCGAGGGAGCAUUGCAUAUGCACAAUUUUUCAAUUUGGAGUUCCAGGAAUGGUAACCAUACAAGAAAAAAUGUGGCAAUAUCGUACUAUCAUUGCGCGUAGUGUAGAUACAUGUAGUGACAUAUAUCGCUCUCCUUUUUUUUUCAAGAAUACUCAAGUUCACCCAGUCACCUUCCUUCUAACACAUGCCCUCAUUCAAGUGAGUCAAAGUAACCGGUCAGUAACCGGUCGGCUAGUGAUGAUUGUGACGAUUGGAUAAACCAGCAAGAGGAUAAACCAGCAAGAGGGGAAUAUUAGUAAGGUUGAAUCCUUUCAAAUCAAAGGCAGAAUCCGACGGGAAGAUCCGGUUAGCUAUUCAGAGAUCUAAAUUGGUACCUUUGGUAUUUUAGAUGUUGGAAGAGGCAGUAAGAGUCUAGUACUACGUAUUGUCUAUUAUUAAUAAAUGGCGUAGGCUUACUUUCAGAUAUGUAUUGUACAUACGUACAU